AGAAGGUGCAAAGUCUGCCUGAUGUGUGGCUAUAACAGGCGGGACGCGCUGAGAGCGCGAUAGGCAGUGAGUGAAUGUGAGCGAGGGGGACAGAAAUUGUAACAAGCUCGUUGCUCCAGCCAUGAGGAACUGCAGUACGCGUUAAAUCUGGCACGUACUGAGGCGACACUUCGCUAUGGCGGUGGCAGAACUGUACACCAAGUAUAAUAGUGUUUGGAUUCCUGACCCUGAUGAAGUCUGGCAAUCGGCUGAGAUCACUAAGGACUAUAAGAAGGGAUCGGAUGUACUGUUUCUGCAGUUAGAAGAUGGCACUGAAUUGGAGUAUCCAAUUGACCCAGUUAAGACACAACUGCCACCUUUACGGAAUCCAGACAUACUGGUGGGUGAAAAUGACCUCACGGCACUCAGCUAUCUCCAUGAACCUGCAGUUUUGCAUAACCUCAAAGUGCGCUUUGUGGAUUCCAAACUCAUCUACACUUAUUGCGGUAUUAUUCUCGUGGCCAUUAACCCUUACAAAGAGAUACCAAUCUAUGGAGAUGCCAUUAUCCAUGCCUACAGUGGGCAGAAUAUGGGUGAUAUGGAUCCUCAUAUUUUUGCUGUUUCUGAAGAAGCUUACAAACAAAUGGCCAGGAAGAAUAGAAACCAGUCUAUUAUUGUGAGUGGAGAAUCUGGUGCAGGGAAGACUGUAUCUGCUCGAUAUGCGAUGAGGUAUUUUGCUACGGUUAGUAAGUCCAGUAGCAAGGCUUGUGUAGAAGAUAAAGUCCUUGCAUCAAACCCUAUAACAGAGGCAAUCGGAAAUGCAAAGACAACGCGAAAUGACAAUAGCAGCCGUUUUGGUAAAUACACAGAGAUCAGUUUUAAUAACCAGUAUCGAAUCAUUGGUGCAAAUAUGAGAACUUACUUACUGGAAAAAUCAAGGGUGGUCUUUCAGGCUGAAAAUGAAAGAAAUUACCAUAUAUUCUACCAGCUUUGUGCUUCUGCUGAUCGACCUGAGUUCAAGCAUCUGAAAUUAGCUCCUGCGGAGAACUUUAGUUAUGUGAACAUGGGUGGAAAUACUGUGAUUGAUGGUAUUAAUGACCGAACUGACUUCAUUGAAACACAAAAAACAUUUUCGUUGCUGGGCUUGAACAAAGACUUUCAGAUGGAUAUCUUCAAAGUGUUGGCAGGGAUUCUGCACCUGGGAAAUGUUGAAAUAAAAGCUGUGGGUGAUGACAAAUCCUCAGUCAAACAUGAUGAUAAUCACCUGAAAGUAUUUUCUGAACUCUUGGAGAUCAAGUUGGAGAAGAUGGCUCAUGGACUGUGCCACCGAAAAAUUGCGACUACCUCAGACACUGUAGUCAAACCCAUGACCAAGGUUCAAGCAAUCAAUGCUAGAGAUGCUUUGGCUAAACACAUCUAUGCUCAUCUGUUCAGCUGCAUUGUGGAUCACAUUAACAAGGCUUUGCAGUUUACUGGCAAGAAGCAUACAUUUAUUGGCGUUCUGGACAUUUAUGGGUUUGAAACCUUUGACGUGAAUAGCUUUGAACAGUUCUGUAUAAAUUAUGCCAAUGAAAAACUGCAGCAACAAUUUAAUUUGCAUGUGUUUAAACUGGAACAAGAUGAAUACAUGAAAGAAGACAUUCCAUGGGCACUGAUUGAAUUCAAUGACAACCAACCUUGCAUUGAUCUGAUUGAAGCUAAAAUGGGCAUACUGGAGCUAUUGGAUGAGGAGUGCCUGUUGCCGCAAGGAACGGAGGAAAACUGGCUUCAGAAACUUCAGAAUAAUUACUUGAAUAAAAAUCCCCUCUUUGAGAAGCCUCGAAUGUCGAGUAAAGCCUUCAUCAUCCUGCACUUUGCUGACAAGGUGCAGUAUGAAUGUGACGGAUUCCUUGAAAAGAACAGGGACACGUUAUAUGAAGAAUUGAUUGAUGUACUGAAGAAAAGUAAGUUGAGUCUCCUAGCUGAUUUCUUUCAAGAAAAUGAACCAUCUACAGGGAGCUUGAGGGCAAACAUUAAAGUCAGGCCUGCAAGACCGGGGUUUAAAUCCUUCAACAAACAACAUCGGACAACUGUCGGCAGUAAGUUCCGUAAUUCUCUGCAUCUGCUAAUGGAGACCCUUAAUGCUACAACACCUCACUAUGUGCGCUGCAUUAAGCCGAAUGAUUUGAAGCUGCAGUUUGAGUAUGAUUCAAAGAGAGUUGUUCAACAGCUUAGAGCCUGUGGUGUUCUGGAAACUAUUCGGAUUAGUGCGCAGAGUUAUCCUUCCAGAUGGACUUACUUUGAGUUUUUCAGUCGCUACCGCAUUCUGAUGUCACAACAAGACCUUGCAUUAGAUGAUAAAAAACAGAUAUGCAAAGAAGUCUUGAAGCAUUUAAUUCAGGAUCCAAACCAAUACCAGUUUGGUAAGACGAAGAUCUUCUUUCGCGCGGGCCAAGUGGCGUAUUUGGAAAAACUGCGCGCAGAUAAACUGAGGGCAGCUUCAGUCACUAUACAGAAGAAUCUGCGAUGCUGGAUUCAGCGGAAAAAAUUCCUCAAGAUGAAACGAGCUGCUAUUAUCAUUCAGCAAUAUGUUCGUGGCGAGCGUGCCAUACGACACGUAUUGAACGCGGCUACUUUAAAACAAUCCUGGGGUGCAGUUAUCAUCCAGAAACACUGGCGGCGAUUUUUAUUGUCUCGUCGCUAUCAGCUCAUUCUCAUGGCUACCAUCAGAAUUCAGUCUUUCACGCGAGGCUGGUUAGCAAGGAGAACAUAUGAGAAGAUGCUGCAGGAUCAGAAAGCAUUAGUAAUUCAAAAGCAUGUUCGUGCUUGGUUGGUAAGACGUAGAUAUCAAAGUAUACGGCGUUUUGUUUUGAACAUCCAACUCUCGUUUCGUGUUAAACAACUCCACAAGAAACUGGAUGAACAGAGCAAAGAGAACAAGGGGUUGUUGGAACGUUUGACACACAUGUCCACAGUUCACUCAGCCGAUCUCAACAAAUAUCAGAAACUUGAGGAAGAGCUACAGAAAACAGUGACACAAAAGCAGUUCAUUGAGGAGCAAGUAAAGAAAUCCAAGGGCCAAACUGAGCAGACGCUGUCAGAGUUCAGAAAGCAAACAUUAUCACUUCAAGCACAAAACCAGAAACUGGAGAAGCAACAUCAAGAACAGACCCAAGAAAUGAAAGAAAAAAUUACUGAAAUCACACGCCAACAUCUCAGUGAGUUAGAAAGGGAAGAACAGCAGAGGAGAACAUUGGAAAAUAAUUUUGAGACCCAGAAGGAGAGCUACGAGCAGCAAAUAAAAGCACUGAUUGAUCAAGUCAAGCAUCUACAAGAGGAAAGAAUCCAGUUGCAGGAGCAGGUUCAAGAGGAGUACCUGAUAAAUGAUGGUCUGCGCAAGGAGUUAGCACAACUGGCUGAUGAAGCACUAGUAAUUCCAAAACUUAAAGGAGACAUUGCAACUCUUGAAAUGAAAAGCCAAGAUUUGGAAAUGUGUUUGCAAAAGCAAAGAAAAGAAAUGAGAGAAAAAGUAGAAGAAAUUACAAAACAGCUCCUUGGAGGUUUAGAGGGAGAGGAGCUACGAAAGAGGCUUUCUCCAGAGGAUAUGGAACAACUAAAUGAAGAUGGAGAGCUCUGGUUGGCAUAUGAAGGAUUGAAAAGAGCUACCAGAGUGAUGGAAAUACAUAUUCAGUCUCAGAAAGAAAACUACGAAAAAGAAAUCGAGGAGCUCAGUUUUAGAAUUGAUCAGCUCUGUGAAGAGACAACACAUCUCCAACAAAAGGUCCAAGCAGAAAAUGACACUAAUGAGACUAUUCGGCAGGAACUGACCAGACUGGCUAAAGAAAAUCUGGUCAUACCAGAUUUCAAACUCCAAAUAUUAGAGCUGCAAAAACAGAAACAAGACAUUGAGAACCACUUACAAGGACAGGUUGUGGAAAUGAAAGAAAAAAUGGAAGAAGUUACUGAUCAAUUACAUGGAAAUCUUAAAGAAGAAGGAUUCCAAAGAAGAUUGUUAGAGAUCCAGAAAGCUAACUGUGCCAAAGAAAAUGUGGAAUUGCUUGCUAAGGUGAGAAAACUUGAAAAUGAGAAUCGUCAACUACUGAAUUGGACCCAAACUGAUAGUGCAGCUAGUAACAGAAUGAAACAAGAAGCAUCUCAAUUAACACUGGAAAACUGGGAUCUGGAAGAACGUCUUGACCAGAAAGAAAAGCAAAUCAGAAAGUUGCAAAAUCAGAUUAAGUCCUUAACUAAAAAUAUGGAUAGAGGACAUCGAGCCAAUGGAAAAGUGAGCCCCAUUGUGAAGAAGGAGUUCCUUGGCAUGUUGGAAUGUAAAGCUGAAGAUGAAGAAAAGCUCAUAAAAAAUCUAAUUUUGGGUGAAGUUGUUUCCUUUGUUUUCUGGUUCCUUCCGCUUUGUGAAAGACAGACGAAUAGUAUCAAUAUUAGACUUGUAUUUAGGAGCCUUCUCUGUACUAAUGUAUAUGGUCUUGCCUCACUAUUAGACUUAAAACCACGAGGUGUGGUUGUCAAUAUGAUUCCAGUACUACCAGCAAGCAUCCUGUUCAUGUGUAUACGUUACGCCGAUGAUAGUAACGAUGCUGAAAUGCUGAAAUCCCUGAUGAACUCUCUACUUGAUGGUAUCAAAAAAGUCACUAAGAAUCACGAUGAAGAUUUUGAAAUGCUGUCAUUUUGGCUUUCCAACAGUGUCCAUUUUCUUAACUGCUUAAAGCAGUACAGUGGAGAGGAGGAAUUUAUGAAGCAUAACACUCCUCAACAAAAUAACCAGUGUCUGAAAAACUUUGACCUGUCUGAAUAUAGACAGAUUCUGAGUGACUUGGCUAUUCACAUUUAUCAACAACUCAUUCAAGUGAUGGAAGAUGACCUUCAGCCAAUGAUAGUAUCAGGAAUGCUGGAGCAUGAAAGUCUGCAGGGUAUUUCGAGCAUGAAGCCAACUGGACUUCGGAAAAGGUCUUCAAGUUAUCGAGAAGAAGUGGACAAGUACACAAUAUCUUCCAUUUUGCAGCAGCUGAGCUACUACUUCACCACUAUGUGUCAGCAUGACAUGGACACAGAUCUGAUCAAGCAGGCAGUUAAACAGCUCUUCUUUCUAAUUGGAACAAUCACCCUUAAUAACCUCUUCCUGCGCAAAGACAUGUGCUCAUGCAGAAAAGGAAUGCAAAUAAGGUGUAACAUUAGUUACUUGGAAGAGUGGUUGAAGGAGAAGAAUAUGCAGAGCAGUAAUGCCAAAGAAACCCUGGAACCACUCUCUCAGGCUGCCUGGCUACUUCAGGUUAACAAGAUCACAGACGAUGAUGUGAAGGAAAUAUGUGAAAAAUGUUCAGCUCUCUCAGCUGUGCAGAUUGUCAAGAUUUUGAACUCCUAUACACCAAUUGAUGAUUUUGAGAAACGCUUGGCUCCAUCCUUUGUACGCAAAGUUCAGUCACAACUGAACAGUCGUGGAGAUGGAUCAACGUUGAUAAUUGAUGCCAAAUAUCGUUUUCAAGUGACUUUUCCAUUCAGUCCAUCUCCACAAGCACUGGAGACAGUGCAGAUUCCCAGUAGCUUCAAAUUAAACUUCCUUACUCAGAUCUGAAAGAAAUGCUACUGUGUCAGAUAUCUGAUAGUAAACUUUGAAGAUGAGAGUUAUUUUAAAAAUUAAUUUUAAAGAUGUGGAUGACUUGGAUUUUGGGAUUUGGUAUUUAUUUUUCUUCCUCAUGUCAAAUUUAAUGAGUUAUUCGUGUUUAACUACAUUUUUAUAUUGUGCAUUUAAAAAUAAGUGCAGUGUAGUUUUACAAAAUUUCAAAACACAUUAAGUUUUGAUUGGCUGCUCUUACAAGGACAGUAUUUAAUAAUUUUUAAAAGCUCUGCAAGGAUUUCACAAAUAGAUGCAGUCUCAUGUUGCCUAAUAUUUUAUAUAAAGGUGAAGGAAGUGAUGUUUUUCAUAAUGUUUAUAGGAGAUUAUUCUUCCAACAAUUCAUACCAGUAGGUAUUUUUUAUAAAUUUUUUUAGGUUGUACAGGUUUUGAAAAAAAUGAGCUUUUGAAUUGUAUAGAGAAAAGUAAUACAUGUUUAAAACUAAAGA